AUGUCAGACGACGAACUUAAGGUCGUCGCCAUUACUGGCUUCAAGUCCCUGAUAUCGUCAAGAAAAUUACACACCCCAACGACGUCAAUGGACCUCUUAACCAGCGUAAUGACUACCAAAAUGCCAGCUGAAUUGCUUCCAAACUCGCCAACACCCAAAUUCCGUCUUACAGACCUUGCCCGCUUCGAGCGCAUAGUAGAGGAUCUCUCGAGCACAUGGAGUGAUGGUGUACUGUCAUUCUCUCGAGAUGGGGCAUCUGGAAAGAUGAUAAUAUUGGAACUAGGGCUAAAUUCCCCUUGUUCUGGCGCUCAUCGACCUCUUCUUGGCGCUGCAAACCCUUCCUCGAAUUCUGCUGGAGGUGGCCUGGCUGUCCUUGGGACAAGGAAGAGGAAGAGAGUUAUAGAUGAAGACGCAGACUCUGCUGCUGGAGACGACGAUGACGCGUUGCAGGAAGAUGAGGGAACCACCGUUACGUCGACCUCGACACUAGCCAACCUGAGCGCUGAAAUGAAGGAGGUUUACAUGAUUCUUCAGAAAGGUACAGCUAAAGGGCGACUCCUUGCUGAGCAGUUUCAUUCGCGGGACGAGAACUUUGACCCCAUUUGUAGUUACAUCACAAAAGAAGAUUGUGCAAAAGCUCACAGAACAUCUUCAAAAGCUUCCAAUUCUGCUCCACCGAGUAUCUGUGAACGUGUACAUUUCCGCCCCCUCAUUCGACCUCAUACAGAUGUGACACUAGGGCAUUGUUCCUAUCUCAACACAUGCUAUUCUGAACCUACCUACGCCCAGUCACCUUCACUCCCCCCAUUCCCUGGUUCGAGCAACGUUCAUGGUACUGUCCCUCUCAAUACUCGCGGUCCAACCUCGCUGCCGUCCGGUUUGGGUGCGGGAGGACGGGGAAAAGAGAAAGCACCGUGUCGGUAUCUUCAUUACGAAGUGGACUGGGAUGGAGGUGACGGUGACUGGAAGAAAGAGUCGCCACCAAAAAAGAAGUUUCACAGGUUGAGGAUAGGACUGGGUCCCAAUGGUAGGAUCACCAAACCGCUCCCACCGCAAUGGAUAAACUGCGACCUCCGCACAUUUGAUUAUUCUACAUUGGGCAAAUUUCACGUCAUUAUGGCCGAUCCACCGUGGGACAUCCACAUGAGUCUUCCUUAUGGCACUAUGAACGACGACGAGAUGAGAAAAAUGCCUAUUCCCAUGCUUCAAGACGAAGGGUUCUUGUUCUUGUGGGUAACAGGUCGCGCCAUGGAAGUCGGCCGUGAGUGCAUGCGAGUUUGGGGAUACACUCGCGUGGAUGAAGUAGUAUGGGUCAAAACAAAUCAACUGCAACGCGUCAUUCGUACAGGCCGUACAGGGCAUUGGCUUAAUCACACGAAAGAGCAUAUGCUCGUUGGAGUUAAAACAGUCUUGGACGAUAAAGGCGCGUUGAAAUUCCCCUCGUGGGCAAAUCGUGCGUUGGAUACGGACGUGAUUGUGUCUGAAGUACGAGAAACGAGCAGAAAACCCGAUGAAGUGUAUGGACUCAUCGAAAGGAUGUGUCCAGGGGGGAGGAAGGUAGAGAUAUUUGGCAGAAAGCAUAACGUUCGGCCAGGGUGGCUCACACUGGGCAACCAGCUGGGAGCAGAUCAGAUAUUCGAAGAGGAUUUGGCGCUUCGCGUCAAGGCCAAGUACCCCGACAGGCAGAUAAACGCGCCUAUGACCUACAAAAACAAUACUCGCGCGUCUUAA